UUGAACAAAAUCCAGAGCAUGAUGAAUUUCUUUUUAUUGUAAACAAUAAAAUACGCAUUCACAAACAAACAAUUUAAAACAUUAAACAUUAAAACACAUAAUGAUGACGCAAAUUUAAAAAAAUCCCAUUUAAUCUCACGUUAUCGUCUGCGUAUCAUACAAGUUCGAUCAUAAACAUGGCUGAUCAACCGGCGACCUUUGAUCUUGGAAAUAUAACGGAACGAAUUAAACUGGGCUACAAUGAGGACGAUUUGGACGAAGAUAUGUUGGCAUUUUUGCUCGAUAAUGACGAUCAAGAAUUCACACUGAAUGAAGUAGCUGUAUCUACAAGCACCAAUCAGGCUAUUACUGAAAUGACCAAAUCUUUUGAAGAUCAAAGGCCACCGCUACCAGCCAUUGCUGAGAAACCAAAACAAAGAUUUAAAUCAUUAACUGUUGAGGAGCUGUGUGAAAUUGAAUCAAAAAAGCAAUCUUCAACAACAAAAGCCAAAACAAAAUGGGGAAUGAAAAUUUUGCAAGAGUGGAGCAUUGAGAAAUUUGGAUUUCAACUUGAUCUGCAGUCAAUUUCAAAAGAAGAGCUAAAUAAUCACUUGAGAUGGUUUUACACAGAAGUACAACCGAAACCUGAUUUCAAUGGCGAAAAGGAAAAUAAAAUGUCAAACGAAUAUCACAAAAACACAUUAAAAGGUAUCAGGUCUGCCAUCAAUCGUCAUCUCAGUGACAUAGGAAGGGACAUGGAUAUAGUCCAUGACAAAGCUUUUAAACAAGCCAACGGGGCUCUUGCAGGAAAACUUAAGCAGAACAUGGCCCUCGGACUUUCCAAACCUACUCAGCACAAGGCAGUAGUGUCCCCCGAUGAUCUUCACAAAAUAUCACAAUACUUGUCAUCCAUCUCCUGCCCUGUUAUUCUCCGCUAUCGUGUCUGGUUCAAUUUAUCCCUUCAUUUCGUAUCAAGGGGUUUAGAAUUUCACCAACAGUUGACUCCCAAGUCCUUUCUCUUCCUUAAAUAUGACAAGGGAGUUGAAUAUGUGUCCCUCUCCCACGAAACUAAGCAAAAGAACUGGCAAGGAGGGCUAGAAAACCAGGAAGCACCCCACGACAAAAGAAUGUAUGCGACUGGUGAUUCGAAUUGUCCUGUUCAAACACUUAAGACUUUUCUCCAGCAUAUCGAUCCUCAAGCAACGUUUCUCUUUAACUACUGCAGUAAAGCAGCCUUAUCCUCACCACAAACCACUGAUAUCUGGUACCUAGCUAAACCCUGCAAACCAUACCAGUUUUCAAAAUUUAUGCCAGAUAUCUCCAGGAAUGCUGGUUGCUCCCGGAAAUACACAGCACACUGUCUCCGCAGCACAGCAAUACAAGCUUUAAAUGAUGAAGGGUUUGAAAUCCGCCAUAUCAUGUACAUGAGUGGCCAUCGAAAUGAAGCAUCUGUCAGAUCCUACAACAGGGACUGUUCAACGGCACAAAAGCAGCACCUGAGUCAUGCGUUGGCUAAAGUCGCUAAAGCUUCCUCUUCAUCGGAGUCAUCGUCCUCUUCGGCGGAGUCAUCGUCCUGUAUGGUUGCUUCCCCGUGCACUUCCAGGAUUACUACCGCACUUCCACAACAGGCACAUGUCGAGCCCACCGUUUCACCUUCACUCUCACAGUCUGUGUUUAAUACCAUGCAGCAUACCUCCAGUCAGGGUUUAUCAUCGUCUUUCAUAUCAAACUCGGCCUUCAACAACUGCACCUUCAAUUUCGGGUCGAAUCCAUUUAAUUCUGCCUCGUAGAGCGUUGUAGUAUGACACAUACGGCCAUUUUGAAUUGAACUGUUACUUUCGUAUUGUGUAAUCCUACGCACGGUUCAAAUUUUCAUCGUUAAAUUAAAUCUUUAUGAUGACAGACAUUCUUUGUUUU